AAUUCAGAUUAGUUAAUACAGUGAGAAAAAGUGUAUCAACAUCAUAAAGUGAAUUACAUGUGGUAAAAUUAUUGGUGUCCCAUGUAGCGAAUUCAGGAUCAGUCCUUAAGCUGAAAUUUCUAGCUGCUGGAAAUUGCAGAACUUUGGUUUUAUAUGAAUGCACAUUAUUUCUGUAAAAAAAUUAAUACAGACACCAGUUAACUGUGCUGUUGUACGAAAUAUCGCCAACUCAGUAUUAUUGCAUUUCGGAGAUCUGGCAAAUGUUGAAGCCAGCGUAAUUUGUGUUGAAUUGUUAGUGGCGUAGCGUACAAAAAUUAAAAUAAAAAAAACUGAUUAAUAUUUUGAAGGGAUGUUCACAGUGCGCAAACUAGCCUUUUACUUGUUUCAUUUCUAUUUCAAGACUUGUCUUUGACAAAUUUGUAAUUUCUUGCAACAUCCUUGUGUACAUUACGUCAUUUAAAUUUAUCAACAUACAUCAAUAAUUUAAUCUUCUUUUAUUUCAGCUAAUGUUAUCUGUUUAAAUGAACUUAAUAUAAUAUCCAGAACUUCAAAUUGCACGUCACAAUAUUUAAAAUCUGUAUCUGUAUUUCAAACAUAAGAGAACAGUUUCAACAAGGAAAGGCCCAAUUCGUGUCGAGGAGGUGUGUUGAUACCUAACCCACUGAGGAACAGUUCAUUUCAGCAAUGGGUUGUUGCUCUCUGCUGCACCUAACGGAGGACAACGCGAGGUUCCUUCUGUUGGCCAUCGUCCUCGUCCUCUACAUGUUGGCCGGCGCUACCUUAUUUCAGUACCUCGAGGGCGAGGAAGAACUCAGAAUGGUUCGUGAAUUCUGGCGAAUCUACUCAGAUUUCCGUCGUCACUAUGUGUUCCUGUUGACACAAGUUGGAAACAACACAGGUGUCCAUGGCAACGAAGUCAACUGCACGUCGGGCGAGGACACUAACGAGGAGCGAAUUUCGUCCCAGGGCGCAAACCAGAGUGCACUGGACAUGGACAAAGUUCACCAGCUGCUCUACGCGUACGGCAAUGCUACUUCUGCGGGUAUUAUACACAAGAGGAGGAGGUGGGACUUCGCUGGAAGCUUCCACUUCGUGGGCACCAUCGUCUCAACAAUAGGAUACGGCAACACGACACCGCAGACAACGGCCGGUAAAGCCGUAGUGAUUAUAUACGGCUUCCUGGGCUGUUCCGGAGGAAUUCUCUUCUUCAAUCUGUUUCUGGAGCGCAUAAUCACGUUCCUGGCGUUCGUACUGAGGAUGGUGCACCUUCGGAGACUGAAGAAGCGCAUGGAAAGCGGGGGGCUGGGUGCCCGGAGGGCUUCCCGCAUUUCCCGGGCUUCGCUGCCAGAAGACCUGGACGAGGAUGACUCCAGCCUCGAUCACUGGAAACCGAGUGUGUACUGGGUGAUGCUGUACCUCACGGUAGCCUCGGUGACCCUCGCUCUCUGCGCCGCCGCCGUGUACACGCCCUUCGAGGACUGGAGUUUCUUCGAGUCCAUCUACUUCUGUUUCGUCUCCUUCGCCACCAUCGGCUUCGGAGACUACGUUUCAACACAGGUUAGCUCAGUAGAAUCUGACGUUUUCACGGAGCUGAGUACGAACACGGCUGUCUUCUGGAUUGUAGCGCCGUGUAGUUACCGACGUUUCAGAGAUGCUUACUGCCUCCAUCAUCAUCACUAAUCGCCCCCAGAUAAUGGAGACAUUAAACAUCUCUCAAACGUCGGUCAAUUUCUAUCAAGACACAAUUCCAGUUGCUUUAAUGACGAGUCUAGAACACUCUCCGCCGUCAACAGGGCCCGAGGAACUUAGUCUAAGCAUUCGGACAUGUUCGGUUCGAAUCUCCAGUGGGACAUCGACUUUCCCGGCGCGGGUUUCCUCAUCCAAUACAAACUAAUGUCGUAAUGGAACUUUAGAAAGAGCCAUGGUCUUCC